UUAAAUAAUAUUUAACUAUAUUUGAUCUAAUUUAAAUUCAACACAAAACAAAAUAUGGACAAGUUAAAGAUGAACCAAUCCACCGAUCAGAAGGUAUCCCUUGGCCGAAAACUGACGCCGCCACUAGUCGAGCCGGUUUCCCCAUUGACCCAGCUAUCUGGGCCAACCUUUAGAGCCCGUCGUGCCGUAGUCGAGUAUUAUGUUGGUCGCCAAGUGUCCCCCGAUGAUGCACUGCUUCCUAUGCCGCCGCACAACAAGGUCCUAAAAAUGGCGGAGAUUAUGCAGAUGCUACAACAGAAGCUCCUAACCAGCACCAACAUAUGGCAUCGGGCUCUUCAAUUUAUGAAAAGGAAACUAUAGUGAAGCCAGGAUUCCAGGUUCCAGGUCCAGUUUCUGUACUUUUGGCCAUACGUACGAGAGCAAGGACCCUUAAACCUUAAACCCAUAAUAAAGAUCGGAUCUAGUGUAUUUUUCUGUAAAAUUUUCAAUACUCAUCAAUUGCGAUCGAUUUUAGGAUCCAGCUUUGGAUUUUAAUUCCUUAAAUCCGAUCACAUAUACGUACCAUUUCCUGUAAAGAAUCUACAAUGGGAAACUAUCAAAGUUGAGUGAAAUAUAUGAUUGUGCCUCCAAUAUAUAA